AUGGCUGGUAAUAGUUCUAAGGAUUCAGGUGGACUUUCAAGUGGUAACCCUGAAGUGGAAUUCUACACUUGGGUAAAUAAUUUAAGCAGUCUUGAAACCCGAGAGAAGGCCUUACUAGAACUGUGUAAAAUGCGCGAAUCUCUUCCAGAUUUCGCUCCUUUGUUGUGGUACGCGUUUGGGACUGUGGCUGCACUUCUCCAGGAGAUUACUGCUGUGUAUCCUUACAUCAGCCCUCCGAAUCUAACUGCUCAUCAGUCAAACCGGGUGUGCAAUGCGCUCGCCCUUCUACAAUGUCUGGCUUCACAUCCAGUCACGCGAACUGAAUUCCUCAAAGCUCAAAUACCUCUCUAUCUCUAUAACUUCCUUAGCACCAACAGUCGGAAUCGACCAUUCGAGUACCUGCGACUCACUAGUUUGGGUGUCAUCGGAGCGCUGGCUAAGACUGACGAUCCGGAUGUAAUCAGUUUCCUUCUCAACACCGAGAUAAUUCCACUCUGCUUGCAUAUUAUGGAGACAGGCAGCGAACUGAGUAAAACGGUGGCUACUUUCAUAAUGCAGAAACUUCUGCAAGACAACAACGGACUGGAGUAUAUUUGCCAUACCUAUGAGCGAUUCGCCCACGUUGCCACUGUACUCUCGUCCAUGGUUGAACAAUUGGCGAAGGAACAGUCUACUCGGCUAUUAAAGCACGUCAUCCGAUGCUACCAACGCCUAUGCGAUAACAGUCGAGCGCGUGACGCUUUGCGCAACUGCUUGCCGGAGGCUCUGCGCAACAACACUUUUGCAGCGCAGCUAGUAGAUGAGCCGGCGACCCAGCGCUGUCUUGCCCUUCUUGUUGAACAGCUCGCCAGGCCUUCAGUAACUGCGGCAGCUGCAGCCUCUGGCGCUCCUGGAGAGGGCAUAGGCAACGCCGGUGUCACGGAUGUUGGCGCCGGUGGUGCUGGUGGGACCAUCGAGGGUACUGGCCCAAGCGUUGGUGUUAAUGCCUCUGCUCCUCCCUCUUCCAACCCUCCUCCUGUGAAGUCACCGCUAGAGAUCACUUUUGUCCACUUUGAUUCCAGCUCGGCUCUGCCACGUGACGCAUUUCGGUGGUUGAAGUUCCCCGGCUGCGUGAAAGACAUCUCAAGCGAUUGA